GAAGGGCUAAGGCGGAGAGACUGAAAAAAUGCAGACCACCGCGGCACUGCUCAUUUUGCCGACUCUGAUUCGCUGCUGUACCAGGGGUCUAAUCAGACCUAUGUCUGCCUCCUUCCUGAAUAGGCCAGAGUAUUCAUCUAAACAGCCUUCCUACAACAGCUCCCCACUCCAGGUGGCCCGAAGGGAGUUCCAGAACAGUGUUCUCUCCUGGGACAUUGACACAGCAGCCAAGUUUAUUGGACCUGGGGCAGCCACAGUUGGUGUGGCUGGUUCAGGGCCUGGCAUUGGAACGGUGUUUGGCAGCUUGAUCAUUGGCUAUGCCAGGAACCCGUCUCUUAAGCAGCAGCUCUUCUCCUACACCAUUCUGGGCUUUGCCCUGUCUGAGGCCAUGAGGCUCUUCUGUUUGAUGGUUGCCUUCCUCAUCCUAUUCGCCUGGGCUCCAUGA